CAACUCAGACCCCUUUUCCUUUAAAACUUCAAACUCAAGAAGAGUACUUCAACCUGAACAAAGCAAUUCUUUGUGGAAUUUUAUGUGAACCCCAAAUGGCCAGAGUCCACAUUAAGCACUUACAUGCUAUUGUCACUGAUGGCUACACUUAUUUUAUAUCCAUGCUUAUCAAGAUUGUUAAUGAGUUGUAUGCCAAACUCGUUGAUUCGGUGAAAACUCAGUUGAUUUGGGUGACGCGUGAAAUGGUGAAUGUGUUGGGAGUAGGAUUUGAUGGUUUAUUGGUGGCCCUUUUGAGGCAAAUUGUUGGUGGUGACUUUAGCGAAGGAAAUUUGUGGUUGUGUUUUGAGAUGAUUAGUCUCUUUAGGGACAAAUGGGAUUGUUUGUUGGAGGAUGAACCUCUAGUUUUGACCAGUGCUUUAUAUGUGUUUCUUCGUUUAUUGGCUGAUCAUUGUAGGUUGCCAAAUGACUCAAAAGUUGAAACCUUGAAGAGGUUUGAAAUUGAUUUUUGCAUUAGGAUGUUAAGGGAGAAAUUUGGUUUGUGUUUGAAGAUUGGAAGAGAUCUUGUUCGGAUUUUACAGGACUUGGUUCAUGUACCUGAGUUUCGCUCAAUUUGGAAAGACUUGUUAUUGAACCCUAGUGUGUUUCAGAAUGCUGCAUUUUUAGAUAUCUCACAGCUCUACCUUUCAAGGACUUCCAGUAGGUAUUUUCUGCUGCGGAUAACUCCUGAGAUGGAGAACCAGUUGAGGUUCUUGCUAACGCAUGUUAAAUUGGGAAAUCAAAAGAGGUACCAAGUUUGGUUUGCAAAGAAGUUUCUUGGUGUCCCUGAGAGGGAGACUCUUCUAACUGACAUUGUUAGGUUUAUUUGCUGCGGACAUCAUCCACCUAAUGAGAUUAUCCAGUCAGACAUCAUCCCGAGGUGGGCUGUCAUAGGCUGGUUGCUAAAAUCUUCCCAGAGGAAUUAUGUCGAAGCAAAUGUUAAGCUUGCCUUAUUCUAUGAUUGGCUUUUCUUUGAUGAGAAGGUAGAUAAUAUAAUGAACAUUGAGCCUGGGAUAUUGCUAAUGAUACAUUCCAUUCCUAGUUAUGUUGACAUAACUCAUACUCUUCUAGAAUUUCUCUUGAUGCUGGUGGAAAACUAUGACAUUGAAAGAAAAGAUGUAAUUGUCAAAGGGAUAUCUUCAGCUUUCACUUUUCUUGUUCGAAAAGGCUGCCUUGAACCUACAAUUUUAGUGGUUGGAUGGUCUCCCCUCUACUAGUCCACUAAUGUCCUUUUGUGGUCAAAACUUUGUUUUGGGCUUAUGUCCGGGACAACCAUCUGCUGAUUCUGACACAGUAAUGAUCAUUGCAAAGGUUUCUCCUUGGAGCUAGUGAGGUUUGUGCAAAUCCAUACACCUCUCAAUUGAAUAUUUUAAGGGAAUGGACUCUAGAUAUGCUGGAGAAAUGCUAAGGCAUUUGGAUAAGCAGAAUGAGCUCCUUGCUGAUGCCCACAGGUCAAUGCUGCAUGAACUGCAUAAACUCCAGGUAGAGGAAGAAAUGCUGAUGCGCAAGUUCUAUGAGUUCAUGUCAGCUCAAGGCCUCACUAGAAGGGUAUAUUCAUUAUCUUGCCUUUGCAUCUCAAUACUGUAGUUCUGCACUUUUUAUACAGUUGUAUUUUGUUAGCCUAUUUGAAUGGUUUUUGUCGUCGUCGUCUGAUUCAAGUGUUUAGUGAUUUUUUGAAUUGCAUACGUAGUCACAGUGCUUAGAUUUCUCGUUAAAGAAGCAAAAAUUUUAUGUUGAUUUUUUGCAUUUUCUUGGUCUUAACCCUCAUACCCUUAAAUGAAAUGUUGGCAUAUCUGAAUCAAGCUAGUAGGUAACAAAUAUGCCUUUACCGGGUGGAUGAUCCAAAUUUGCUUCUUAUUUAGUAAUCUUGGAAGGAUUAGAACUAGUGUUUGUUUUCCUCCCAUUAUUAGUGCUAAAUGAAGUGUCACCCAAACAAAGAUUGUUGUGAUGGGACAAAUAAAGCCUGUAAUAUAUGGACUCUGCUUCUCCAUAGGAGAGACACUCAAGGUGAAUUUGCUUGCUACCUACCUGUUUUUGUGAUCUGAUGGGUCUUCUCUAUGUAGGGAUGUCUGAGUGUGUGAAACAUAUUACGAUUAAAAGUUUUUUUAAAAUAGUCAUUAUCAAAAUAUAGGGA